AUGGUAACUAUUCCAAUGAACAAUCUGCAUGAACUCUGGGCUCUUCUCAACUUUCUUUUGCCUGAAAUAUUUAGUUCUGCAGAAACUUUUGAUGAAUGGUUUCAAAUCUCUGGUGAAAAUGAUGAACAUGAGGUUGUUCAGCAGUUACACAAGGUCCUACGUCCAUUUCUUCUUCGGAGGUUGAAGUCAGACGUUGAGAAAGGGUUGCCACCGAAAAAGGAAACCAUUCUCAAAGUAGGAAUGUCACAAAUGCAGAAACAGUAUUAUAAGGCAUUACUGAUUGAGAACAAUCUGCAUGAACUCUGGGCUCUUUUCAACUUUCUUUUGCCUGAAAUAUUUAGUUCUGCAGAAACUUUUGAUGAAUGGUUUCAAAUCUCUGGUGAAAAUGAUGAACAUGAGGUUGUUCAGCAGUUACACAAGGUCCUACGUCCAUUUCUUCUUCGGAGGUUGAAGUCAGACGUUGAGAAAGGGUUGCCACCGAAAAAGGAAACCAUUCUCAAAGUAGGAAUGUCACAAAUGCAGAAACAGUAUUAUAAGGCAUUACUGCAGAAGGAUUUGGAGGUUGUGAAUGCAGGUGGAGAACGGAAACGUCUCCUAAAUAUAGCAAUGCAACUACGUAAAUGUUGUAAUCACCCAUAUCUCUUCCAAGGUGCUGAACCUGGUCCUCCAUAUACAACUGGAGACCACAGGAGGUGCCUGGAGUUGGAUUGUUAG